UGAGCAACUGCGAAACCGCCAAGAUGUCCAGCAAAGUUCCGUACGUGAAGCACAACAACGGCACCCAGAUCCAAACCAUUGGAUUGGGCACCUAUACGUCGCUGGGCGGCGAUUGCGAGAAGGCUGUGCUCCAUGCGAUUGAUGUGGGCUACCGGCACAUUGACACCGCCUACUUCUACGAGAAUGAAAACGAGGUGGGUGCGGCGGUUCGCAAGAAGAUAGCCGACGGAGUCAUCAAGCGGGAGGACAUAUUCAUCACCACCAAGCUCUGGUGCCACUUCCACGAGCCGGAGAGGGUGGAGUACGCCUGCCGGAAGACCCUGCAGAACUUCGGACUGGAGUACGUGGACCUCUACCUGAUGCACUGGCCCUACUCCUACGUCUACAGGGGCGACACCGAGAUGAUGCCCACCGACGCCAAGGGGGAGGUGGAACUGAACGACAUCGACUACUUGGACACCUGGCGUGCCAUGGAGAAGCUGGUGGAACUGGGCCUCGUCAAGAGCAUCGGCGUGUCCAAUUUCAACUCGGAGCAGCUGACUCGCCUGCUGGCCAACUGCAAGAUCAAGCCAAUCCACAACCAGAUCGAAUGUCAUCCCGCGUUGAAUCAGAAGAAGCUGAUUGCCCUGUGCAAGAAGAACGACAUUGUGGUGACCGCUUACUGUCCGCUGGGCAGACCCAAUCCUGCGGAGAAGACGCCCAAUUAUAUUUACGAUGACAAGGUGAAGGCGAUCGGAGACAAGUACGGAAAGUCCACCGCCCAAGUGGUGCUCCGAUAUCUGAUUGAGAUUGGAACUGUUCCCCUGCCCAAGUCAGCUAAUCCAAAACGCAUCGAGGAGAACUUCAAGAUCUUUGACUUCAAGCUGGAUGCUCAGGAUCACGCCAUUCUGGAUUCAUAUCACACUGGCGAGCGUCUCAUUCCUAUGACCCACGCCAUCAAGAGCAAGAACUACCCCUUCCAUAUUGAGUUCUAAGCUGAAAAGAGAAGAAAAUAUAUAAUAAUUGAACCCCGGAUUUGAUAUUGAAUAAACGUUGAUAUUAUAAAAAGCUUUUUAAUAAAUUUAACUUGUUCAAGUUGA